UAUAGUCUUUAACAUUAUAUUCAAUAGAAAGGCCAUUAAGAUUACUACCACGAAUAUUGAAUAGUUUUUGUAAUAUUUCAUAAAAUAUGGAAAAUUAUAUAAAAUUAUCGGUUAUUUUAAUGUUCUUAUGUUGCUGUACAGCCAUAAAUCUAACAUCAUUUAAAAAUGAACUGUCGUCGAUUACGGAUAUUAGCCAAAACUUUUAUGGAAUAUCAAAAGGAUAUGUACAUUCUUGUUUCAUUAAUAACAAUUUGGUUCAUGAAAAAAUCAUUAAUAAAGCGUAUUCAAAUAUUUUCACGACUGAAUUUGAUCAAAAAUUUAAAGAUUGGCAAGAGUUAAUACAAGAUAAACAAGACAAAAUUAUAAACGAAUGUGAAAAAACUUAUAAUUAUAUUUUAAGUAUUAUAAGCGAUUAUGUUUGUAGUUUUUAUAAUAAAAGGACAGGACCAUAUUAUGAUAAAAAUGGAAAAAUUGAAUGUAGAAUACGAGUCCAAAACUGUUGUAGAUAUCUACCUUUUACAGAACUAGCCAUUAUCUAUUCAAAUGAAUAUAUGGAAAACAAAGAAUUAGGUGAAUCGUCCUCAAACGUAAUAUAUAAAAGUUCAGAAAAAAUGAAAAUUUAUCACAUACUUGAAAACCUAAAAAUGUAUAAUGGCGAAAGUUCUGAAGUAGAAUCUGCAAUAACUAUUCUAUCAGAAGAUAUAAGUAAAUUAGAUUCUCUCAAAUUAAAUGUAAUCCAAUAAUUUUUAACUUAAUACAUUUUAAGAAAAUAAAAUAACUAUUCAAAAUUAUUGUUAAUACAUUAGAGAUUUAAAUACAAAUCUUAAAAAAAUAUGACAAGUCAUUUAUAUAACAGAUUUUUAAAUAUUUCCAAGUGAUUCUAAGUAAUUGGUAAAAUUUAAUGUUU